UACCUGCUUUGUGUCAGGAAAUGGAGGUUGAGACGGAUGCAAGUGCGGAUUUUUCAAGUGUAAUAAAGGACUAAACAAAAUACAAAAAGACACUAUGACUUUGGGGCAAAAUACUGCGGCAAAGACUAAACAUAAACCAAAUAACAAAACACGGCAACAGAGACAAAAGCAAAGAAAGACAACCGUGAGACCAAGAGUGCAGUGCAAACUGUGGCUAUAUACAGGAGUGCUCAAUUAACAGGAACGUGAUUCAGACGCAGGUGGUCAUGUGACUGUGAUGCAGUGGCUGCUGGGAACUGUAGUUCAGAGUUCCUUCUCUGAUUACAUGACACUUUGAGUAUUGGACACUUCUUUUGGGCUAUUGCUUGGAUUCCUUUACUGCUGUCUGCAGCUAUAUUUAUUACAUAGAUAACAUAGGUGUUUGAUAACACCUGCUUCGGUGUUAUCUGCAUCUGCUUUUGAUUACUUUAAAAAAGUACUUACCGUAAAUGUUAAUGAGCUCUUGGCAUCACUUGUUAUGGAGUAAACAUUUGUUGUGAUACUGUUUUAAUCAUUUUUAAAGUACAAUUGUAGUUUUUAAAUUCUUAGACUUUCAAUUGAACUGUGCACCAUAUUCUGAUUUUGCAUGUAUUAACCAUUGUCUUUUGUUUUUCUAUGUGUUUUGUUUGUUUCAGAUUCAGUGUGAAAGCUGUGAACACUGGUUUCAUGACUGUUGCCUGAAUUCCUAUAAUAUCCCAGACAAACAAUCUCCAUGGUAGAUCAGUGCACCCAGACAGACCAGUGGUUACCGCCACCUCUGGUGAAAGCUACCGCACACCACUACCACUGUCCAGAAGCUCCUCCUACAACUUCCAUAACAACUCUCCCUGAAAAAGGAAAGGAGCUCCUAGAGCAGCUUGAAGUACAGAACAGUAACACUUCUGGAAAUGCUCAGGUGGAGCAACUCCCCAUGCUCUGGUCUCCUGCUCCACCCACUGUCCCCAGAAGUGAACAAAGGUUGCUGCCAGCCCUGCAGGAGAGACUAAUGCUUAUAAAUGCUCAUCAGCCCGACAUCAACACACCAUGCGGGUCUCUGCUGGCGAUUGAGUAUGUGGAGAACUUAGGUUUGACGCAACCUGUCUGCUUACCUCCGGAGAAAACUACAAACUGUAAGGCCUCGAUCUUGGACAGCAUGCCUAACCGUCAUUCUGCAGACAAGUGUGGAUGUUCUGAAUGCCAGGCCCUCUACAGUCCUGAGACAGAUCAGUGCUUACAGACAGAUCAGUGCUUACAGACAGAUCAGUGCUUACAGACAGAUCAGUGCACACAGACAGAUCAGUGCUUACAGACAGAUCAGUGCACACAGACGGAUCAGUGCACACAGACGGAUCAGUGCACAGAGACGGAUCAGUGCACACAGACAGAUCAGUGCACACAGACGGAUCAGUGCACACAGACAGAUCAGUGGUUACCGCCACCUCUGGUGAAAGCUACCGCACACCACUACCACUGUCCAGAAGCUCCUCCUACAACUUCCAUAACAGCUCUCCCUGAAAAAGGAAAGGAGCUCCUAGAGCAGCUUGAAGUACAGAACAGUAACACUUCUGGAAAUGCUCAGGUGGAGCAACUCCCCAUGCUCUGGGCUCCUGCUCCACCCACUGUCCCCAGAAGUGAACAAAGGUUGCUGCCAGCCCUGCAGGAGAGACUAAUGCUUAUAAAUGCUCAUCAGCCCGACAUCAACACACCAUGCGGGUCUCUGCUGGCGAUUGAGUAUGUGGAGAACUUAGGUUUGACGCAACCUGUCUGCUUACCUCCGGAGAAAACUACAAACUGUAAGGCCUCGAUCUUGCACAGCAUGCCUAACCGUCAUUCUGCAGACGAGUGUGGAUGCUCUGAAUGCCAGGCCCUCUACAGUCUUGAGACAGAUCAGUGCUUACAGACAGAUCAGUGCUUACAAACAGAUCAGUGCUUACAGACAGAUCAGUGCACACAGACAGAUCAGUGCUUACAGACAGAUCAGUGCACACAGACGGAUCAGUGCACACAGACGGAUCAGUGCACACAGACGGAUCAGUGCACACAGACAGAUCAGUGGUUACCGCCACCUCUGGUGAAAGCUACCGCACACCACUACCACUGUCCAGAAGCUCCUCCUACAACUUCCAUAACAGCUCUCCCUGAAAAAGGAAAGGAGCUCCUAGAGCAGCUUGAAGUACAGAACAGUAACACUUCUGGAAAUGCUCAGGUGGAGCAACUCCCCAUGGUCUGGGCUCCUGCUCCACCCACUGUCCCCAGAAGUGAACAAAGGUUGUUGCCAGCCCUGCAGGAGAGACUAAUGCUUAUAAAUGCUCAUCAGCCCGACAUCAACACACCAUGCGGGUCUCUGCUGGCGAUUGAGUAUGUGGAGAACUUAGGUUUGACGCAACCUGUCUGCUUACCUCCGGAGAAAACUACAAACUGUAAGGCCUCGAUCUUGCACAGCAUGCCUAACCGUCAUUCUGCAGACAAGUGUGGAUGUUCUGAAUGCCAGGCCCUCUACAGUCUUGAGACAGAUCAGUGCUUACCGCCACCUCUGGUGAAAGCCACCGCACUCCGCCGUCCAAAGGUUCCUCCUACAGCUUCCAGAAAAGCUCUACCUGGAAAAAGAACGAAGCUCCUACAGCAGCUUAAAGUACAGAAGAGUAACACUUUUGGAAAUGCUCAGGUGGAGCAACUCCCCAUGCUCUGGGCUCCUGCUCCACCCACUGUCCCGAGAAGUGGACGAAGGUUGCUGCCAGCCCCGCAGGAGAGACUAAAGCGUAUAAAUGUUCAUCAGCCCAACAUCAACACACCAUGCGGGUCUCGAUGGGUGACUGAGUAUUCGGAAAACUUUGGUUCGCCACACGUUGUCCGCAUACCUCCGGAGAAAACUGCAUGCCGUUUGGCCUCAACCUUUCGGAGCAUGCCUAACCCUCAUUUUGCAGACAAGUAUCGACGCUCCGAGUAUCAGGACCUCUACAGUCCUAAGAUACCGCACCGCACCGCACAUUUCAGCCUUGCUCUAUACCGACAGCUCAAAGGAACACUUUAAAAAGCAGGUAUCCAGGUGGCAAAUGUAAAAAAUUCAUGAAGCUUGUUCGGGACCACAACGUCAGUAUUCCACUUUUUACUUUUGCUGCCCAAUUCUCCAUGGAUGUAUGAGUAUGAGAAUAACUGCACAUUCUUUGGCCUAAUCACAUCAGGACAGCCAGUCUAUUUGCAGAGAAGUACACACAUACAACACCAGAGCUUCUAAUGGCUGACAAAAUUACAUAAAGAAAAAUUCCUCCAGACUUUCACAGGCAGACUUAAGAAAUGGCAGAGGAUGGUCUUCUUACCGAUAGAUGGCAUCUUUGAGCUAACAAAGCACGCCUUAAAGUUGUUAUUCUUUCUGAAAUCGUCUGGGUUACGCAAGUACAAGACGUUGUGUUUAGCAUAACAGUAUGGGAGUGUCCUUGCGCGCAACCGGUAUCUGAAGCUGGUGUAAAAUCAUGCCUCUAUUCAAGACCUGCCAUGAUCAGAUGACGUGGCAAUUAAGCGCAUCACGUGAUAUAUACAGUGGCGCUUGAAAGUUUGUGAACCCUUUCGAAUUUUUCUAUAUAUCUGCAUAAAUAUUACCUAAAACGUCAUAAAACUUUCACAUAAAUCCUAAAAGCAGACAAAGAGAACCCAAUUAAACAAAUGAGAUAAAAAUGAUCAUACUUGUACAUUUAUUUAUUGAGGAAAACGAUCCAAUAUUACAUAUCUGUGAGUGGCAAAAGUAUGUGGACCUCUAAUAUUAGCAGUUCAUUUGAAGGUGAAAUCAGAGUCAGGGUGUUUUCAAUCAAUGGGAUAAUAAUCAGCUGUGAGUGAGCGCACUGUUUUAUUUCAAGAACGAGGAUCUAUCAAAAUCUAAUCUUCACAACAUGUUUGUAGAAGUGUGUCAUGGCAAGGAGAUUUCUGAGGACCUCAGAAAAAGAGUUGUUGAUGUUCAUCAGGCUGGAAAAGGUUACAAAACCAUCUCGAAAGUGUUUGGACUCCACCAAUCCACAAUCAGACAGAUUGUGUACAAAUGGAGGAAAUUUUAGACCACUGUUACCUUCCCUAGGAGUGAAGACCAACAAAGAUCACUCCAAGUGCAAGACCUAUAAUAGUCCGCGAGUUCACAAAGGAGCCAGGGUAACUUCUAAGCAACUAAAGCCCUCUCUCACAUUAGCUAAUGUUAAUGUUCAUGAGUCUACCAUAAAGAGAACAUUGAACAACAAUAGUGUGCAUGGCAGGGUUGAAAAGAGAAAACCACUGCUCUCCAAAAAGAACAUUGCUGCCCGUCUGUAGUUUGCUAAAGAUCAUGUGGACAAGCCAGAAGGCUAGUAGAACAAUAUUUUGUGGAUUGAUGUGACAAAAAUACAUUUUUUGGUCUAAAUGAGAAGUGUUAUAUUUGGAGAAAGGAAAACACUGCCUCUAUUAUCUGAAGCGAAGACACAAUUCACAGGCCUGCCCUGGUAUGACAAAGCUAUGCAACAGCUCGUUCCCUUCUCAGGGAACAGGGUUACCCCAGACGUUCCCUUUCAAAGGGAACUCAAUGUUGCGUUUAGCAUAACAGUAUGGGAAUGAGAAUACCCACUGUCAUACCGAGAGUAUGGCCUGUUCAAAAAGACCCAAGCCCUCGGGUCACUGCAAGACACUCGAGCCUGGGGCAGAAUGAAUAUCCAGACUGUAAUAACGAAUGUAGACAGGCUUUGGACAAAGCCUUUGAGGAGGUGACCGUCCUAGUGGAAUGAGCCCUUAUGCCCAGAGGCGUAGCAAGACCGCGCGCCUCAUAAGCAAUAGAGAUUGCUUCCACUAUCCAAUUAGAGAUGCACUGAUUUGACACAGCAUCACCUCUACUGUCGCAGCCAAAGCAGACCAGCAGCUGCUCCAAAUUACGCCACUGGCCGGAGCGGUGGACAUAAGUACAGAGAGCCCUUACUGGACACAGCAGGUGCAUUCUCUCUUGUUCCGGUGUGAGGAACGGAAGACAGAAAGCCUGCAACAGUACAGGGUGGGCAGCCGAUCUAGGCACUUUAGGAAUAUAAUCCGGCCUAGGAUACAGGAAGGCCUUGGCUAAUCCAGGGGCAAAGUCAAGGCAGGAAGGGGCAACAGAGAGAGCUUGUAGAUCCGAUAGCUCUGCCUUUUAUGACUUCUUUUAAAUUAAUAACAAUUAAUUCCACAAUUCUGAAGGAAAUGCAAAUAAAAACUUUAUUCCCUCCAUUUCAACAAGUUGUUUCACAGUAACUGGUCUCAUAAACAGAAAACACAUUACUCAAAUUAACAUUAACACAUGAACUAAAUUCUGAAGAUUAAAGUAAGAUUUCUUAACUUAUUGAAAUGUUAUUAAUUCAUAUUAACAAUUAAUUGACUAAAUUCUAAAAAACCUCCUGUUAGUCUCACAUUCACUCUCCACAAACAAAAGCAUUUCUACUUCAUCACUGAACAUCAAACUGGUAGUAAAUAAUAUAAACUUUUUUAUAUAUUAACUUAA